UUUGACUUUGUGGCCGUGGUAGCUAGUGAGAACCGUUUGCGCUGAAAUGUGACGCAAUCAGUAAGCGACGGCAAACUAAUGAGAUGGAUUGUUUGAUCACACAAGUGAGAGUUGUUUGUUAUCGCUGAAACUUGUUUGACGAUUGCAGAAAUGUGCUUCUUCCUUGGCUUGUAAGGGGUAACCCCUGAGAAGGACCUCCAUUCGCCACCCUCUAAGACUUCAGUCUGAAACUGUCAACUACCUGGCCAGCCAGGGUGCAGCUCUAGUCCAGGGUCCUUAUCCACCCACAACUCAGGCAGAAAGUCCAUCUACUGGGGGGUCCCUGGUUCAGUGCCCCUGAUGGCUGGGACCAGCACUCUGGGCCAGAAGCAGCUGUGAAGGGAUGGGGUAGUAGCUGAGGACAGAGCCAUGGUUCAUAACGUCUCAGUCCCCCAAACACCACCUCCGGCACUGGUGGGCACCAAUGGCCGCUCCUCUGGGAGGAAGAGGACACCCAAGGCAUGUGACUGCUGUGGGCCAAACUCUAAGCACCACAAUGGGAAGGACCCACCUGGGAAGACUCCAGGUGGCAAGUCCAGACAACGCAGGGCCCAUCUGGGGAAGGGCAGGGGCCAGGCCCUGGGGGAGACCCCCAAGAGGACGGGUGGUCACCACUCUUCUGAGAAGACCCAGAUGACAGAGGAGCAGGUAACAGCCAUCCGACAGCUGGCGAACGACUCAGUUGUGGAGGAGGUAACCAACUCCUUGGCUCCAUUUGUAACCAGCUCUGUCGGUCAACCUCAACCUUUAAUGGACUCUAUGGGUCAACCCUUAAUGAACUCUAUCGGUCAGAAGUUAACGUACACUGUGGUUAAACUGGUGACCAAGUCUGUGGUUCAACCAGUAACAAACUCUGUGGUUCAACCUAUAAUGAAGGCUGUGGUUGAGCAUGUUCCUGAUUCAGAGAUGGAGCAGGAGAAUGGUUGUGGUUUAGACAAACAGCCGGUAACCGACUCUAACACGGAGGUCAUGAAGCAGCCCCAGGCUGGUGACGCAGCUGUCUCCCUUUCCAACGGUACAUUGGCUGUGCCCAACGAGGAACAAACAGACUGUAGCGCCCCUAUGGAGGUGGAACCAUCAGCCACAGCCUGUGUUUCCCCAGGCAUUAUGUUAUGCAGCACCCUCCACCCCUUCGCUCUGUGGGACCACAGAGAUUACUGUGAGGUGGGAGUGUGGGCUCCAAGCCCUGAGCCAGAGGAGAACUGUGUCUCAAACCCAGCACAGCAACCCAACCCUGAAGACAACAUCCAUGAAGUAAUCAUAGACCUUAUACAUGAGUUCCUGGCGUUCUUCUAUGUGAAGUACGGGAGCUUUAUCCCCCUCAGUGAGACUGACGUCCUGGAGCAUCUGAAGAACAAGUGUAACACUGACCUCCAUGACAAGAAGCUAAACAUCCACUCAGAAAUGAUGAAGUAUAAAGCGGGUCUCGCCUCCAUCCCUAUGAAGUGCUUCAAAGUGGACUACAACAAGCACACUCUGACCCUGGAGGACCUGUCCACACUGGAUGACCAAAACUGGGUCAACGACCAGGUGAUAAACAUGUAUGGAGAAUUGAUCAUGGAUGCUACACAGAACAAGGUUCAUUUCUUCAACAGCUUUUUCCACCGGCAGCUGGUGGCCAAAGGCUACGAAGGGGUUAAGAGAUGGACCAAAAAGGUGGAUCUGUUUUCUAAGAGGCUGUUGUUGAUUCCUAUCCACCUGGAGAUUCACUGGUCCCUGAUCACAGUGGACAUAGCCAACCACCACAUCCACUAUUAUGACUCCCAGGGCAUCGUCUUCAAAUACACCAUGGAGAACAUCCUGACUUAUAUCCUGUCUGAGGCCGAGGAGAAGAAACAAGCUGCAUAUCAGAAAGGCUGGAAGACGAUUAUAAGCAAGGGUAUUCCUCAACAGAAGAACGACAGUGACUGUGGAGUCUUCAUCUUGGAGUACUGCAAGUGCCUGGCAUUGAAAGAGCCGCUGCAGUUCACACAGGACGACAUGCCCAAAGUCCGCAAGAGGAUUUACAAAGAGCUCUGUGACUGUAAACUGAAUGACUGAUCAACCGCAGUGUCCCAGCUCUAGAGAGAGUACACCUGCCUUUCCACUGGACCGUGGGCUUUAACGACUGUUUGACCCUUAUUGUGGAAGGGCCAUUAAUACUUUAAAACAUGACGAGCCAAGAAGCGCAGUGGAAACGGGACACGUUGUUUGACUAAUGACACAGAGACGGUGAAAACACCAAAAAAAAACAUCUUUCCUUCAGUAGAGGUCCAGCGUUGGACUUGUUUUUAUAUUCCUUGAUAAUGAGGCACUUUUGAAUUUCUUUUGAGUUGACGUCCACAAAGUUUCCACUGCUGACUGACUGACUGGCUGGCUGACUGACUGGCUGGCUGACUGACUGGCUGGCUGGCUGACUGACCUGGAGCGAACUCUGCUGGUAGGUUUGAGACCGGUAAUGGACCUAUCCGUGUUUAUAACAUGUUUCCUAGCUUCAGUUCUUAAACUGUAAACAGGAGAUUAUAUGGGACAGUAGGUGAAACUUGAAGGUUGUUUUAUAUCACGUAGUGUUUGCCUGACUAGUGAGGUAGAGAACAAUAACUCAUCGAAGGCUAACGUUUAACUGAAUAUACUGUUUUAAUGUUACUUAAUCUCGAACUGCUUCUUAGUUCUUGAGAAACUCCACGUUUUGGCAUCACAAACAGCAGUUUGUUAUCAGGGAGUUAGUUAUGAUUAACCAUGAUGCUCCACUCAGAAUGGCUUCAUGAAAACACACACCUCUUCCUGCUUCUGUUGAAAAUAUGCUGUUUAAACAAUAAGUGUAUUUUGACAUUUUAGUGUACUGAGAAAGAAUUUAAUGCUACUGCUGUAGAACCGUUUCUAAGCCUUUUAUUGUAUGAGGGGCCCGGCCCACCUUCCUCAUUGGAGGAUCACCCAUCUGAGGGGCCCGGCCCACUAUGGUCAUCUUCCUCAUUGGAGGAUCACCCAUCUGAGGGUGCUGGUCCACAGACAGUUUGUAAUUGAGAAAAUGCUGCUGUAGAAAUUGCUGAAUCCCAUCUAUACUAUCUGUCAUUAAUGCACAUUUGAGCCCAGUGUAUACCUGGUGCUAACAUAUGCCUUUUGUGUUGUUGUCCACAUUUUAAAGACCGGUGUAGAUGAUUAAAAUGUCUGGAUAUCAA